AUGUUCUCCCGUUUCAAUAGCCAUUCUCUUGGCUCUGCUUUAAAGCGCACAGCCAGGUCGUUCUCGUCUGCCGGCUCCAAGUCCAAACUCUCAUCCAAUACGAAGAGAGCAAUUAAUGGCGUUGUCGCUGCUACUGGGUUGACUACUGCCUACGUUCUUUAUCAGGACUCCCAAACUGCCAAAGCUAUGACUGCUGCAGAGCAUGGUCUACAUGCACCAGAGUACAACUGGCCACAUAAAGGAAUGUUUGAUACGUUUGACCACGCUUCUAUUAGAAGAGGAUUCCAGGUUUACAGAGAAGUCUGCUCUGCUUGUCACUCACUUGAUAGAAUUGCCUGGAGAAAUUUGGUUGGUGUGUGCGAAACCAACACUGAGGCCAAAGCCAUGGCCGAGGAGUAUGAAUAUGACGACGAGCCUGAUGAUCAGGGUAACCCACGUAAGAGACCGGGUAAAUUGACCGACUAUAUCCCUGGUCCUUAUCCUAACGAGCAGGCUGCUAGAGCCGCCAAUGGUGGUGCUCUUCCACCCGAUCUUUCCUUGAUUGUUAAGGCUAGACACGGUGGUUGCGACUACAUCUUUUCCUUGUUGACUGGUUAUCCAGAAGAUCCUCCGGCCGGAGUGCAAUUAUCUCCUGGCACUAACUACAAUCCAUACUUCCCUGGCGGAUCCAUUGCCAUGGCCAGAAAUUUGUUUGAUGACCUUGUUGAGUAUGAAGACGGUACUCCUGCCACAACCUCUCAAAUGGCAAAGGAUGUUGUCACUUUCUUAAACUGGUCUGCUGAGCCAGAACACGAUGAAAGAAAAAAGGAUGGUGUCAAGGCAUUGAUCAUACUUACCUCUUUGUACCUUAUGGCUAUCUGGAUAAAGAAAUUCAAGUGGUCUCCAAUCAAACACAGAAAGAUUGUCUUCAACCCUCCAAAGCCUCCUAAGAAGAACUGA